UGUCGGCCCCCUCCAUCAUCGUAGAUAGUGCCAGUCACGUCCAAAUAGAGGCGCGAUUUUUAAAGACUUCGCUCGGCGGUCCAUUUGCCACUUCCAGCAUGUCUAUGAUCACGACCACAGCCUGGGUGCCGCGGGGCUUUGCGGCACCCUUCCCCACCAAGUACAACUUCGACGAGGAAGAGUUCGAGCGUAUUGCCAGUCUGGCCAAACUGCAGCUUGACGACGCCCAGGAAGAACUGGAAGAAGCGCAAGAGGCCGAGGCCGGGGCUGAAGCUGAAGCCGAAGCAAAAGUCGAGUCGCCCAAAGCGGUAAAGUCAUCCAAAAAGAAGAAGAAGGCAUCUGCGAAACCUGACCCUGAUCCCGACAGCAUCGAAAUUGACGAGGAUUUAAAAGAGUAUGACCUGGAGCACUACGACGACGAUGAUGAGGAUAACCUAGCUGAGCCCCAGCAUAUGGGCAUGUUUGGAAAUGUCAAGUCGCUGGCCUAUUACGACUCCAACAAGGACGACCCGUAUAUCACGAUGAAGGAAACUGCAGAUGACGAGGACGACGAGCGCGAGGAGUUGCAGAUCUUGGCAACAGACAACCUGUUACUAGCAGCCAAGGUUGAGGACGAGCUCGCCCACCUCGAGGUCUACGUUUAUGAAGAUGAAGCCGAUAACCUCUACGUUCACCACGACAUCAUGCUUCCCGCGAUACCAUUGUGUGUCGAGUGGUUGAACAUAUCGGUUGGGAAGGCCAAUGUCAACAGGGAUACGCCCGCAAACUUUGUUGCCAUCGGAACCUUUGACCCGGAUAUUGAGAUUUGGGAUCUGGACACUGUGGACUGCAUGUACCCCAACGCCAUCCUCGGACAGGGAGGCAAUGAGCAGGACAAGAAAAAGAAGAAGAAGAAGAAGGCCAAGAAGGCCAACGACGAGUACCACGUCGAUGCGGUCCUGGCCCUCGCCGCCAACAGGAAGCAUCGCAAUCUGCUGGCUUCAGCAUCGGCCGACAAGACAGUAAAGCUCUGGGACCUUAACACGGCCAAGUGUGCAAAGUCUUACUCUUACCACACCGAUAAAGUGUGCUCGCUAGCCUGGCAUCCCGUUGAGGCAACAGUGCUGCUGACGGGCAGCUACGACCGCACCGUAGCGAUCGCCGAUAUGCGCGCCCCCAACGAGCUGCCGACUAGAGUAGGCGUGGAAAGCGACGUUGAGAACGUCAGAUGGGACCCCCAUGAUCCCAACUACUUCUUUGUUUCGACUGAAAAUGGCAUAAUUCACUACUUUGAUGCCCGCAAAGCCUCCAAGAACCCUUCGACUAGCAAGGCGGCUUGGACACUGCAGGCACACGACGAGUCAAUCUCGUCGUUCGACCUAAACCCCGUGGUCCUAGGAUACAUGGCGACGGGUUCGACGGACAAGACAGUAAAGCUGUGGAAUAUCACCUCAGGGGGGCCCUCGCUUGUCGUUUCUCGGGACUUCAAUGUCGGCAAGGUCUUUUCAACAAUCUUUGGUCCUGAUCCCGAGGUUGCCUUCAGGCUAGCCGUGGCCGGCAGCAACGGGACAGUGUCUGUCUGGGACACAAGUACCAACGCUGGCGUUCGGAAAGCCUUUGCCCAAAAGCUACCCGAGCGUGCUGGCAAAGACAGCGAAGUCGAGGAUAAACUUGUAGGCGUAGACGACGGCCGAGAGAGCAGCAGCUCCGAGGAGGAGGACGAGGAUGAAGACGGUGCUGUGACAGACGGAAACUCGAUGGAUGAAGACGAGGAUUAAGCGUAGCUCGGUUUCGCUUCUGGCAUCUGGUAGUUAGUUAUCUUGCGCAACUGUAAUCAAGUAGAGUGCUGUUCAUCCGAUCUGCACGCAGAUCUAAUUGGAACCAAACGAGCCGGUCUACGGGCGUGGAGCAUAGGGUAAAACAGUAUAUCAGGCAGGCUCCAAACUCGAGGAUUCCGGUGCUAUCUUUUGUUGCUAGAAUUUUGAGCCUACCCACUCGCAUACAUCAUAUCAAGUCUAAUGAAAGGGUUACGAGGGGGGGGGGCGACAUAUAGUGAAUAUCAUAAGCCAUAGUCACCUACUAUUUACUUACAGCGCUCGCG